CGGGGGCCUGAGGUUGGUCAAAAUUCCGAGGAUAUCACAAGAUAUUGUAUCGGCGCUUUGGACGAGCGCGGAGCGCAUGGCGACCAAGAUGAUGGACGACCCGCUGAAGAAGAAGCGGAAGAUCCGUACGAAGGGCCUCGAUGGCACCGACAUGGAUGACCAUACCGACGAGAUUGACCGUGGCGAAGAGUCCGAUGGCCGCGACGACAAGAAGAAGGAGCUCAAGAAGAUGGACCCGAAGGAGAAGGAGCAACUGACGAUGCCAAUGGCCGCCAUGGGCAUGAUGUUCCCGAUGACCAUGAUGAUGCCCAUGAUGUUGCCGUUCGCGCAGCCCGGCGCAACGGACGAGCUCCCGAAGAAGAAGAAGCGCGGCCGCCCGUCCAAGAAGAUGCUCGCCGCCGCCCAGCAAGCGUCUGCGAUCCAGGCGCAGCUCAGCGACGCGCAGCUCCAGGUACCUGUGUGGCCAUUCGGCAUGCCGCUCCUCCCGGUCGGCUUUAAGUUCCCCGUGAACAACCCGUCGACACCUCCCGUUGUCAUGGUCGCGCCGAAUGGCAAGACGAAGGAAGAUGCGCUUGCCAAGUCGGAUGCGCUCGAGGACCACGACGACGACCACCACGGACGCCGGUCGUCGAUCACGGACGGCUCGAUCUCGCCCGACGACAAGAGCAAGAUGCCUGCGUCGCUCGCGGACGAGCUCAAGAAGAAGGUGCGCAACAGCACGGGCAAGCCGCGCGGCCGCCCGCGUACACGCCCGCGCCCCGGCGACAUGAUUGCCCGACCCAAGAUCAUAAACAUUGCGCCGGCGGUCAACUACGAACCGCUGCAGGGACACAUCGGCCACAAGAGCGACGACUCGGACGCCAAGGCCGAGAGCGGGGACGAAGAUCAUGACGACCACGUCGGCGGGCUGCCCCACUCCAAGACUGACGAGGUCCCCGUCGUCGUUUGAGCGUGCGAGGUCGUCCACGGACCAGCGUUAAUUUUAUGAAACUCACCACCUACCACCUCUCUUCUCAUACGCACCAUCUACCAAGCAACGCGUUUCCAUUGUCCAGCGCCCAAGCUUCCGCCGCCGCAUUGGCUAAAAGUCGGAGCAUUUGACGCGUGUUUCUGCCAGUGGUAACGGAGCGCAACGAAGGCAGCCGUCGCUUUUUAGCCAAUCCGUGCGCGGUAUCAGCUUGAAGGUGCAUUCGAUUGGCUGAAAUGGAAAGGCAUGAACUGGACAUCGAUGAUGUGGUCGCCGCUUGUUGCCCCAGCGCCCAACACCCAGCACCCAGCUCCCAGCCCAGUGCCAAGCCAUGAUAGCGAGCUAGUCACGUACUAGUAAUAGUACAUGUGGUGUGUUUAGUUGAUCACACCGCCCAAG